AUGAAUUUUGAUGUUCCUGAAGCAGAUCGCCCAAGACUAGUACUGCCACAGGGAUUUAUUCAUUUGCCAGAUCGCUCAUCAACAAGUUGCGCCAUGGAGGAGAUGAAAACAAAAAAAGUUUCCGGUGCCCAAACCCUAGAGCCCUCCCAAGCGGAUCAAGGGCCGAAGAUAGAGUAUUAUCAUCAGAUUCAGAGACAAGGGAAGGCAAUAGAAUACCGGCGAACCCUAUCUCACGGUAGAGGGAGUGGCAUAAGACUGCUGCCGGCCAGCUACUUUAGCAUGGAGUCGUUGCUUUUGCUUGUAUGCCUCACGGCGACUCUGCUCAUCCUUCCUUUGAUGGUUCCGCCGCUACCUCCCCCGCCUUUCAUGCUGAUGUUGCUUCCCAUUGGCAUUCUGGGCGUGCUUAUGAUCUUGGCUUUCAUGCCGUCGAAUGUGAGGGAUUUAACUUAUACAUACGUCUAG